AUGACUACUCGCAUUGGAGUUAAUGGUUUCGGAAGGAUUGGUCGCCUGGUAACUCGAGCGACAAUGGAACGUUAUCCGGACAAGUUGGAAGUGGCGGCGGUUAACGACCUGACCGAUGAUAAGACUAACGCUCAUUUGUUCAAGUACGAUACCAGCUAUGGCGUGUACGGGGGGCAGGUAGAAGCCAACAAUGGUGAUCUGGUUAUCGACGGCCGGAAUAUCAAGGUGUUCUCCGAGCGGGACCCUUCCCGAAUUCCCUGGUCUGAAAUGGGCGUGGAUCUGGUGGUUGAGUCUACCGGCAUCUUUACCGACGGUGAACAGGCCGCCGGUCACAUGCAAGGUGGAGCCAGCAAGGUAAUUAUCUCCGCCCCGGCCAGCAACGUUGAUCUGACUAUGGUGUUGGGCGUCAACGAUGACCAAUAUGACAAGGAUAAGCACAACAUUGUCUCCAAUGCUUCCUGCACGACCAACUGUUUUGCGCCCAUGGUCAAGGUCCUGCACGAGGCCUUUGGUAUAGAGCACGGCCUGAUGUCCACCAUCCACUCCUAUACCAAUGACCAGGCUAUUCUUGACCAGCGUCAUUCAGACCUGCGCCGGGCUCGCGCUGCUGCAAUGAACAUAAUCCCCACCAGCACCGGCGCGGCCCGGGCCGUAGGAUUGGUAUUGCCAGAACUCAAUGGCAAAUUGCACGGUAUCGCUUUCCGUGUGCCGACGGCGACCGGUUCAGUCACCGACUUCGUGGUUAACCUCGGCAGGGAUGUAACCGUAGAUGAGGUUAAUCAGGCGUACAAAGCCGCCGCUGAGGGAGCGCUGAAAGGGAUCUUGGAGUACACCGAGGAUCCAAUUGUCAGCUCGGAUGUCCGCGGCAAUCCCCACAGUUGCAUUUUUGAUGCUCUAUCCACCAUUGUGAUGGCAGACAAUAUGGUCAAGGUAAUGGGCUGGUAUGACAACGAAUGGGGCUACUCUUGCCGUACGGCAGACCUGUGUUCCUUCAUGAGCGACAAAGGCAUUUAG